AUGCCUAAUGGCAACGACAGCGGCAGCGGCAGCAGCAGCUCCUCCUCCUCCGCGCAGCAUCACGACGCCCCUAGUGUAGGCUUUGUCCCGACAAUGGGCGCUCUCCACGCGGGCCACCUCGAUCUCGUCCAACGCUCUCUUCGCGAAAAUGCCUAUACGGUGAUCAGCAUCUUUGUGAAUCCGGCCCAAUUUGCUCCUAAUGAGGACCUGGCCUCUUAUCCCCGCACGCUCCCCUCCGACGUGCAAGCCCUAAUCGAAGCAGAACAAGCCCAAAAAGGAUUGGGGGAAAUCGGCGCCCUCUUCGUGCCCAACGUACAGGAGAUGUACCCGCCUCUGCCGGGCACCUCAACCCCCUUCACACAGAACGUUCAACAACAAGAGGGAGCGUUCGUAACCAUGCAUGGCUCACUCGCCUCCAGCCUCGAGGGGGCAUCCCGCCCCGCCUUCUUCCGUGGGGUGGCCACCGUGGUCACCAAGCUCUUCCACGCCGUUGAGCCCACUCGGGUCUACUUCGGCCAGAAGGACAUCCAGCAGGCCCUCAUUUUAAGAGGGAUGGUGAGCAGUCUCCUCUUUGGUGCGCCGGGCAAGGAGGGGUUCAAGGUUGUGGAGACGAGGAGGGAUCAGGAGACGGGGUUGGCGUUGAGUAGUCGGAAUGCCUAUCUUAGUGACGAGGCGAGACGACGCUGGGCACCCUUGCUCAUACGCGGCCUAGAGGAAGGGAGGAGCGCCUUCGAUACUGCGAUAGCUGCGGGGGAGAGCGCGAAAGAGGUGGAGCGCAAAGUCACAUCGACAGCCCUGGGCAAGAUCGACAGUCUGGCAAAGCAGGCAGAACAGGAGAGUGGUGGGCGAGUCCGCUUCGAAGUAGAUUACGUCAGCCUCAACUGUCGAUAUACUUUGCGCCCUUACGCUGAGGCCAUUGCGGCUGAGGGACCAGCUGCGGCGGACGGGGCCGUGCUGAGCGGGGCGGUAGCGUUGAUCGAGGGGCAAGGCGAGGGAAAGGAAGCGAGACGGACGAGGUUGAUCGAUAACCUCUUGCUGGGCAAGGCGGAGGAGGAAAUCCUUGGGGCGAGCAGUGAGAGAUGA